AUGAUAGCCAAUGAGAGGAGUACAAAAGUCUCUGUGUUAUAUGACAGGAAAUAUUUGGGAAAAGAAUUUCAGUAUUUACAUAGAGAUUUUAUUGUGAAGACUUCAAAAAUUGAUGUGGUAGAUAACUAUGACAAGCAUCCAACUUUUCUCCAGAUGUUCAUUGACACUACCCAGAUUACUCAGCUUGAAGAGGCCAAGGCUCAGAGUAACUAUCAGAGACAAAUGCUCUCUAAUGUGUCUCAUGAAUUCAGGACUCCUCUCAAUGCAAUGUCUCUGUCGCUGCACCUGAUGAAGGCCCACAUCACCGAAGACUUAGCCAAGUUCCACAAGAUUGCGUCUGCUUCGUGAGACAUCUUGGGAGGGCUGGUGGAAGAUAUUUUGGAUUUCUCGAAGAUCGAGGCUGGGGUGUUCGAAGUACAUGAGACAGUAUUUACUUUCGGGCAACUCUUUGACGAAGCCAAAUCUAUCUUUGAGAUGCAAACACAAAUGAAAGGCAUAAGUUUAAACUUGGAAAUGCAAAAUAUUUUUCAAAAGCUUAAAGUGAAGACUGACAAAGGUAGACUCAAGCAAAUAUUAUUGAACUUGCUAUCAAAUUCUUUAAAGUUUACAGAUAGAGGAUCAAUUAAUGUAGAAUUGAAAAUUCAAGAGACUAAAGAACUUACUCAAGAAGAAAUAAUAGACUUUGAUUUCGAAAAGACUAUUUCAUCUAAAUUUAUUGAUGAAAUGGCUGUCUGUAAUCUCUUGCUUGUCACUGACAACUACAUGUCAGCUACAAACCCGUCCAAGUUCAAUCCAGAUUUGAAUGUCUCUGAACCUGUGAACUCAGAAUCUGAACUAGAUCUUGAAGAACAAGAGACAGUGACUUCUGAAUUCACCAAAGAACUCAAAGUAGAACUCAUUAUCUCGGACUCUGGCAUCGGAAUUCCAGAGUGAGACCUCCCUUCUCUGUUCAAGGUGUUCGGCAAAACCCGGUCGAACCACAACAGAAACCAGACUGGGACUGGACUUGGGCUGACCAUCUGCAAGAAACUGUGUGAGAAGCUGGGCGGAAAGAUCAGUUUGAAGUCGCAGGAAGGAGUUGGCACAGAAGUGACUUGUUCACUCACAUGUUUGUACUAGAAUUUAAAUAUUUAAGCAUUUCAGUUA